UGUGUCGGGGCGUCAGUGUGGAUGCGAGAGCGGCGCCGAGUGAGUGGAAUGCAGCGGCUCGUCUGCCCCAGGGCGCUGAUGGCCUUCCCCGACGAGCCCCGCAAGCCCCUGUGGGCCGCCGACCCGUGCAGCUCGGACGCCGACUCGGAGGUGCUGGACGUCGGACACGACGACGACGAGGACGCCAUGGACCUCAGCCGCCGCGGCCUCUCGGACGAGGAUGAGGACGCGCGCACGUCGCCGCCUCCGCCGCCGCAGCAGCAACUCUGCAAUAAGCCGCCUCCGAACGCCUCCUCCGCCGCCAGCAGCCGCCUCGCCUUCUCCGUGGAAAACAUUCUCGACCCCACAAAGUUCACCGGACGGGCCCUCUGCUGGAAGCCCCUCGGACACCCCGACGACGACCUCUCCUCCAGUGAUCUCGGGAAAGACGGCGGUUCAGGAGACGAGGACGGAACGCGCGAGGGGGGCAGCGACGACGAGAGCGUGGACGAGGCGACGCACAAGUUCGGAAGCCGCAAGAAGUGCAAAAGCGGCGGCAGUUGCGGCAGCACCGACGGUGGGGGCGGGGGUGGAGGCGGCGGGGGCGGCGGUGGCUCCAAGUCCGUGGGGAGCGGGGGCGGGAAGCCGCGUCGGGCGCGGACGGCGUUCACGUAUGAGCAGCUGGUGGCGCUCGAGAACAAAUUCAAGACGACGCGCUACCUGUCCGUGUGCGAGCGGCUCAACCUGGCGCUGUCCCUGAGCCUGACCGAAACUCAGGUCAAAAUCUGGUUCCAGAACCGCCGCACCAAGUGGAAAAAGCAAAAUCCGGGCAUGGACGUGAACAGCCCGACGGUGCCGCCGCCGUCCGCCGGCGCCCCGGGCGGCGCCGGCGGCGCCGCAGGACUGCCUUACUCCGGCGGCGGCGCCUACUCGAGCCUGCUCUACGCCGGACACUACCCCGCCGCCGCCACCUACUCGCAGUACCCCUACUUCCUCGCCGGACACCCCUCCCUCGGUCCGUCCACGUGAUGACGGGCCCCCCUGUAAAAAGUGUUUCUUGACUCUCGCGUCGCGCGGAACCAGUUUAUAAUUGUAACUGUGAUUGUGAUCUAAAAUUAUAUCAAUGACUCACUCGCCCUGCUAGAGACAGUUGCUGGAGCACGUUUCAUUCGAUUGCCAGAGGUAUGCACUCUGCGGGAUUGGAAAAAAACUAAAACACUCGUUUCGGAUCUAAGUUGGAAAUUAAAAUGAUUACAAAAAUUAGCAAUUAUUAUGGAGAUUUUACUGGUCAAGAGGAUUGGGAAUUUUUAUCGGAUUGUGCGUUUGGUUUACUUCUAGAUGCCAAAUCAGUAUGAAUCACGCAAUUCUAAAGACAUAUAUUGAGCCACAUUUAAAAAUCGACUAAAACUAAAACUGGCCUCAUUGAAAACAAAGUUAUUUUUAGAUGGUGCGCAUUAAUUAUAAAAGAUAAUCAAAUUUCAGGCGCAUCGUAGACUAUUAAUUGAAAUCAAUUUCAAAACGAAGCUUUUAAUUUUAUUUUCCAUAUGUAU